AGGCGCUCCCUGAGAAGAAAACUGGAAUCCGGCCCUCGAUCCUUUAUAUACACAGCAAAGAAACUAUUUUGGGCGUGCUGUCUUAAAACACGUUUGGAUGGCCCUUUAAAACGAAGCCUUGCCCCUCGCGCUCCGAAGUUGAGUGACGUUAUUUACCUGCCGGCAGGUGAACUGGACGCGUUCUAUAGGCGCGUAGAGGACCUGAGGAGGCUUUUUAAAAGGGCAUUUGAAUAUCUGUAUGAAGGGAUUUUAGUACCAGGAGUAUGUAACUAAUGGAUGUUAAGGAUUGAAAUCUGCGUUCGGUGUUUUGCAUAAAUCGCGUCCAUAAAGUCUUGGCAACGCCAACAUACGGGAACUUUUGCGCGCUUGCGAAAAAUACAGCAUACAAGUUUAUAACCGAACGAGAUGCGAUGAAAACACAAUAACACGAUGAAGAAUCGCGUUUGAUGAUCCGAUGUUGUACUUCUCCAAACUAACAGAGCGAAGAAACGUCCGAAAGGAUGGCGUUAAGGCGAUCAUCUUCCAUGAACACCCAGCUGGUCAAUGCCAUCCACCUUCAGGAAGUGGAAUUGGGAGAGACCAGCACCGACCCCAGCAAUAACACACCCGCAGAAGCUGGACAAGCUGCAGAAGCUCCAGAGGUCAGAGCCCCCACAGAACCCAGAUGUUUCACUGUGGAGGAGGCGGUCGAGAGCAUAGACUUUGGACGCUUCCACAUUAUGCUUUUUGUCAUCAUGGGCAGUGCCAAUAUAGUGGAGGCGAUGGAGAUCAUGUUGUUGGCUGUGGUUUCUCCCGAGAUCCGCUGCGAGUGGCGUCUGGAGGAUUGGCAGGUGGCUUUGGUCUCCACGAUGGUGUUUCUGGGUUUUAUGGUUUGCGGAGUUCUCAGUGGUUAUAUUGCCGAUCGAUACGGACGCUGGAAGGUGGUGUUUGGUGGCUUUGUGUGGGCUUCAUAUUUUUCUCUGCUUACUUCAUUCGCUCCAUCAUACGGCUGGUUCAUCUUCCUGCGCUGUAUGGUCGGCUGUGGAGUGGCGGCCACAUCUCAAGGGUUUGUCCUCAAGACAGAAUUCAUUCCAGCCAAAUACAGAGCAUCUCUGCUGCCUCUUGCCUCGAUCUUCUGGAUGUUGGGAUCUAUGCUCAUCAUCAUUCUCGGUAUGACUGUAGUGCCAACUAUGGGCUGGCGUUGGAUGAUCCGUUUCUCCAUCAUCCCCAGCCUCAUACUCAUUGGACUCUUCUUGUUGAUUCCCGAGUCAGCGCGGUUCCAGGUGUCGGCGGGUAACAUCAAGGGAGCCAUGUCUACACUUCAAUGGAUUGCUACUAUGAAUGGUGCAACACUACCUGAAGGAGAACUGAGGGAGCCGGCAGUGACAGAACGAGGACAUGCCAGCACUUUGAUCGGCCCUGCGUUUAGAAGAACCUCUCUGUUGCUGUGGUACACAUGGUUUGUGGCCUCUUUCUCCUAUUAUGGUUCAGUCCUCAGCGGCUCAGAGUUACUUGAGAAGAACCUGCUGUGUGUGACGGAUGCAGAUCAGGAGCACCAGAUCAAACACGACCAGGAGGAGGCGCUGUGCUUCUGUAUUCCCUUUAACAUGGCCGACUACCAGACGCUCCUCAUCAGCGCUCUGGGCGAGGUGGCACUCAUCCCUCUGAAUAUUUGCCUGUUAAAUGUGUUCGGAAGAAAGCCGAGCAUGUGCAUACUGUUGCUGCUGUGUGCUGUUUUCUUCAUGCUUGUCAAUAUCUGCACAACAAUGUUUGGAUUUACCAUACUGCUCUUCCUUCUCCGUUCUGUGGUCGCUAUGAAUUUUAAUGUGGUCUAUAUUUAUACAGCAGAGGUUUAUCCGACAUCCGUCCGCUCAAUAGGAAUGGGAUUUUGCACUUCCUUCAGUCGAAUCGGGGGAAUGAUCGCGCCAUUCAUUGCACAGGUGCUGAUGUCCAAGUCUGUAAUUCUGGCCUUGUCUCCGUUUGCUGUGGUUUGUGUUAUUUGUGCUGUGGGCGUUGCCCUGCUGCCCAUAGAGACCAGAGGACGGGCAUUACAGCAAAAUGCAUGAAAAGCACCUGAGGAAGAUGAAGGACAGUUGCACUUCUGUAAAAAAACAAAACUAACAAAUCAUGUAUGAUGUCAAAUUAAAGCUGGAACUGUUUUUUAAACAAAUUUGUGGGUCACGUUUCUCAUGAAGUCCAUUGAUCACAUCACAUCACAUCACAUGAAAUAUUUAGACACAAUUUUCUUUUCUAUAUUGUUAUGUGCUAUUGCAACAUGAAGUUGGGACGAAGCAUACUGAAGCAUUUAAAAAAAAAAAUUAUAGUUUAACUUAUGUCUCAGGCUAGGCUGGCUAUUUCUUGUUGCCUCAUCAGGAGCGGAUAUUCUCAUUUUUUUAUGCAAAACAUUUGUGCAUUAAUAUUACUAGUCCUUUUCCCUAGUAGAAAAUAAGUGAAAGAGGUAAAAGUUUAUUUUGUCAGCCUUUUAAAGGAGAGGGUCAUUACUUAAAGAAACCUAGAAAUAUUACAAUUCUGGCAUUUUUUUAAAUAAA